CAGAGUUGUCUCUUAGUCUCAGACACACGCACUCCUCCAAUCCAGCCAAGAUGUUCCGCUUUAUGCUUAUCGCCUCCGCCUUCCUGGUCUGCGCCUUUGCCGCACCCCAGUACAACCAGGAUGCUGGUGCCUACAUCACCAAGAGUGGUGCCGAUAUCCAGCCCAAUGGCCAGUACAACUACGCCUACGAGACCAGCAAUGGAAUCGCCGCCCAGGAGUCCGGAUAUGGAGGUGCCCACGCCACCGGAGGCUUCUCGUGGUACUCGCCCGAGGGUCAACUCGUCCAGAUCUCGUACCUGGCCGAUGAGAACGGCUACCAGCCCCAGGGAGCCCUCCUGCCCACUCCUCCCCCAAUCCCAGCUGCCAUCCUGAAGUCCUUGGAGUACAUCCGCACCCAUCCCCAGUAUGUGGAGCCCCAGUACCGCCAGCAGAACAGGAAAGUCUUCGGUUAAUCAGUAUAGGAACCCCCAUGUGAUAACCUCUUAAAAG